AUGACUGAAUCAUUAUUUGAUACCAAUUUUACGUCUGAAAACGAGCCCAAAGCUACAAAUACGGAUCCCGCAACUACAACCACAACCACGUCCAACACUACAGUAAACACCGACAGCAGCGCCAACGCAGCUGGAAACGCUGGUAACGCUGGUAACGCUGGUAACGCUGGUGCAGGAACCGAGUCUGUCGCAUCUACAUCCACAUCAGCUCCGUCUAGUCACGCAAAUUCCGGUUCCAACACACUGGCCAAUAAUAAUAACAACAAUAAUAAUAAUUCCAGUGCUACUACUGCUACAAAAGAUAAUGGCAACAACUCGGCACUUACUGAAGAAGCGGCAGAACAAAGACGCGAGAACUUGACCACAUCCGAGGGUUACGACCAUUCUACAUCAUUGCCUUCAAUAGACGACAAAUCAAACGCCGACGCGUUGAUCAACUAUCGUGUCUUGGUCUCCGCUAAAGAAGCAGGUUGCUUGAUUGGUCAGAAUGGAGGCGUUAUUGACUCGAUUAGAAACGAAACAAAUACUAAAGCAGGGAUUUCGAAAUUGACCCCAGGCACUCAUGAAAGGAUCUUGACCGUUUCUGGAAAAUUGGAUGAUUGUGCAAAAGCAUUGAGUUAUUUUGCUCAAGCGCUUUGCGAAUAUUCUAUUGAGACUUACAACUAUUUCCCAUUGAAACAAUUGAGCUCGACACCAUGUGUUGAAGGAGAAACAACAAUCCUUAGAUUACUAAUCCCCAAUAGUCAAAUGGGGACAUUGAUUGGAUCUAAAGGUGCUAGAAUUCAGCAAAUUCAACAGAAUUUCGGAGUUUCUAUGAUUGCUUCAAAAUCAUUUUUGCCGGGCUCAAAUGAAAGGUUGGUGGAAUUGCAAGGUACAGUAGAUGACUUGUACGAUUCUUUGAGGGUCAUUUCAAGAUGUCUUAUUGAAGAUUUUUCUUCAAGUGUUGGCACUACAUACUAUUUCCCAAAAUCUCAUCAGUUAACAAGAAAAGCAACUGCAUCGAUUAAUUUCCCCAACGAUAUGGUUGGUGCUUUGAUUGGUAAAAACGGUUCUAGAAUUCAAGGUGUUAGAAAAGUUAGUGGUGCUAUGAUUGGAAUUAGCGAAGCUACUGAUGGAUCUGAUGAAAGAGUGUUUACUAUAACUGGUACGCAUCAAGCUGUCGAAAAGGCCAAAGGUUUGUUAUAUCAUAAUUUGGAAAGAGAAGAACAAAGGAGAGCAGAAGCUAAUGAAUCACAUAGUACCUAG